UGAUUUGUGCGUACAAAUUCAAAAUGAAGUGCCUCGAAGCUGAAAUAAAAAUCUCCCUAAUUCUCCAAUCGAAAUCACAAAUUGAUAAGGGAACAGAGGAGGAGGUGGAGGAGGAUGAGAGCAACAGAUUGGAGUGUCUAAUUGAAUUAAAUACCCUUUCGCAGCAACAGGAAAUGGAAAUCAAUCUCAUAUCGUCAUUCAUUAAUAAUGCCCCGGAAAUAUUGAGCAUCGACGACGACAGGGGUGAUCUCAAUUUUGCAUUAAAUCCCAGUGGAAAUUUAAUUGAAUUUAAUGAACAAUUUGACUAUGACACACAUGUGAGUAGUCGUGCUGAUUCACUACCUGAUUUAAUAUUAUUUGGUAGUACUGCUGCUGCUGCUUCAUCUUUAGCAAAAGAUUCCACUGCAACAUGCCCAGAAUUAAUUAAUUAUGCUGAAGUUUCACCGGAAAUUCAAGAGCAACCUGUAAAUGAGAUCAAGUGCAGCAAAUGUGGGAAUAAAUUGAAUGAUCACCUUUCAUCGAAUGCCAGAGAAAAUGGUGAGAUUACAUGCGAUCAGUGCAAGGAGGAUGAUUUCCAAACGCUCUUCUUGUGCAAAGAAAAAGAGAUGAACCGCGAAGAAAAAAGUGUGGAAGUAAAGAAAACUCUGCGAAGAGCUAGAAAACCACGAAAUUCUGCAAAGAAAUUGGAUGAUUCCUAUGAGGAAUGCAAGCUUUGCGGAAUUUACAUAAAAUCCAUUAAUAUUUGCAGACAUUUGGAACUCCAUCAGAAUAAGGCAGCUAACAAACAGUAUCCUUGCCAUAUUUGUGGAAAAACCUUUGCUGUAAAAUACUACGCAAAUGAUCACGUAAAGCGUGUGCACAGAAGAUUGGAAAAUGAUGUGAAUGCAAAUGAAAUCUUCCCGAAGAUGAAGGUAAAAUGCAGCAUUUGUGAGAAGGAAGUCCGCAAGUACUUUCUAGAUCGCCACAUGAAGAGUCACAGAAGCAAAAAAGUGGAGAAUCAAUCCUUCAUUUGCCACCUGUGCCAGAAAACGUUCAUAUCGAGAGAAACAAUUCGUGCCCACAUGAUUACGGUGCACCUGAAGAAGAAGCGCUACAGCUGCAAUCACUGUGAUCAAAAAUUCAUCCACAGUCUCACGCGGUAUCGCCACAUCAACAAGUACCAUCUGAAGAAGACUGUAGCAUCCUGUUCACUGUGCUCAGCAUCCUUCUACCACAAAACCUCCCUUGUGGCGCAUCGGCGGAAGUUCCAUCCACCUUCAAUUACUCUCAAAUGCGACGAAUGCAAUGCCAUUUACUUUGACCGACGCCAGCUCAAGAAGCACCUUCUGGUGCACUUUAAGAAUAAUUUCACCUGCGAAUACUGUGGGGAUAGUUUUGUGAGGAGGAGGAAGCUCAUGACGCAUAUUCAGAUGCACACAGGUCAUGGAGGUGACUGCAUCUGCUCCAUUUGCGGUGAAAGCUUCGACAGAGUUUUCCGUCUUGAGUUUCAUAUGGAGGAAAUGCAUCCAGGAGUCAAGGCUCAGGCUUGAAGAAGUUAAAGGGAAAUUAUUUAAUUAAAUUGCUGAUUAUGAAAGAAAUUCCAUUAAGGCAGUUAAAAAAUCGUUGAAAAACGCGAAACUUGAAAUUUCCGCGGAAAAAACGGCGGGAUCGCGAAAUCAACGCGGUGAUGCUGCCACAUUGCGGGAAAAUAAAAAAAGCUCUGUGACAUUUUUCCGGCUUGCCAAAAACUGCCCAAAAAAUCCCGAUUUUCCAGGAAAAUCUUGCAAAACUGCCGGAAAAUCCACAAGAAAACAAUGCUGAAGGCAAAACUCUGUGCCCUGGAUCAUCCAACACCAGAAACUGUCAACUGCGAAGAUCCUAAACAAUUCCGGAGCACUGUUCUGUGGCUGGAGGACCAGAAGAUACGUCACUACAAAAUUGAGGAUCGUGCUGAACUCAGGAAAAUUGACUCGAAUGAAUGGGAUGCGGCUUAUGCCAAAUACAAAGUAGAUCUGAAAGUUCCUGCUGGACUAGGAAGCCCCAUUGAGGAGCUGGCCUGGAUUAUGGGCUAUGCUGUUCGCCUUGAAUACUUUGACAAUGUGGAAAAAUAUAGAGGUGUGAAUGCGGAAAUGGCAUUGGAGGAGGCAAAACCCAAAGCUCCCAGCAUCAAAUCCACAAAUCCCUUCGACAAGUUGGACUUUACAAGUAAGGAAUUUGAAGCUGGUGUCCGUACUCUUGCCAAGCGAUUGCAAAUUCCCUACCAUCCGGAUACAAUGACCACGUUGGCAGCUGUUGCAAAAGUGGUGCAGGAUAAUUUGAGCACAGAAGCUCUGAAGGAACCUCUCCUGGAUAAUGCACCAUUCCCUCUGGAGCAGACACCUGGUGUUGGCUUCCAGGAUGCAGAUCUGGAGCAAGCAGCCCGAAUCCUGCGUCUACUGCAAAUUCAGAGUGUUCGACACCUCCAGACAACCAUAAAUGAAACCAUCGUGGCCGUCCAGAAUCUAACUGCUGAUCCACGGACUGAUACAAAAUUGGGCAAAGUUGGUCGAUAGACUUUUCUCUCUCGAAUUAAUUUAAUAAAAUUGCAUUCACACAAUA